GAACCUAGCGUACGCCAUCUUGGAUUUUCAGACAAAACGACAAAUUCCUAACAAGGUCUGUGAUGCCAUCGUGGAAGUAUUUGAGAAGGGACGACUGCAUAUGAAGGAGUCGGGAAAUACCGAUCUAGAUGACAGGGUCAAAAAGGACUACGGACCAGGUGUCAUGGACAGCAUGAAAGAAGCUUUGAAGCGAAUCUGGUGCUAUAUGCGAGCGAACAAGUGCCGUUUAGGGAUUUUGUCUACACAAGAGAAUACCCUGGUCUUCUACUCCAUCGACGGUAGACUCCGACUGCUCACAAGACUCAAGUAUGGUCAGCCACAUCCCCUCUACUCGUGCAGAACCCUCUUGACCUUGCUCGUCUCUGUCUCGCUCUUAAACCUCCGCGACUUCGUCCUCCCAGACCCAACGCCCGAACCAGAUAUAUUCGGCGAAUUCGGGAUGCGUCCAUUGAACAGGGGAUAUGAAGACUAUUAAGAAUAAUUCUCACAUAUGUCUCUUGAGUAGGAGUAAAGAAAGAGUGGGGAUGCCCAACGGCGGGUGAAGCAAGAGAUACGCGAUCUUACUACAUUGGACUUGGGAAGUACGAGAGCCGGGUAAGUAGAUAUGUUUUGACUAGGGCCGAAGAUCGAAGAACAGGGAGAAAAGGCGUCAGCUGUGUUUACCCUACCCCAACCAAGACUAUGUCAGUUUGUGAUGCAUGUUUAUCGCUGU